AGUGAUGUUGCAGGAUCGUCUCCAGGAGAUGUAUGAAAACUUGUGUGGCCAUUCAUUUAUUAACUGUUUGCUGCUAUUCUUUAUGUUUUCUACUUUCCUUCCGAAUGCUCAAGCUCGAGACCCCGAACGGAUCCAUUUGAGCACAGAGAUGACACUAGUGAUGCUCUCCAUUAUGUUUACGAUAAUACUUGGGCUGAUUGCUUAUAUAAAAUUCUGUGGAACCAGUUCUUCUGAGCUUCUGAACCAAAGCGUCCAUCCCCAGAGCUUGGCUCGAUCGGAGCAGUCCAGAUUUUAUGGGAUCGACAAGCAAGUAAUCGAAGCACUUCCUGUGUUCGAGUUUUCUUUCCUCAAGGGAUCAAAAGAAGGCCUCGAAUGCGUGGUUUGCCUGUCGAGAUUUGAAAACAGCGAAACACUUAGGUUGCUCCCAAAGUGCAAGCAUGCUUUCCACAUGAAUUGCAUAGACAUGUGGCUUGAAGGUCACUCUACCUGCCCGCUCUGUAGAUGCAGGGUAGAUCCAGGGGAUGUCAAGGGCUUCACUUCUUCAAUCAGCUCAAGGUUCCUGAGUGUCCCUUCCAAUUUAACAGAGGAACCAAAUCUCGAAAUCCUUGUGCAGAGGGAGCAAUCCCGUCAAGAGUCAUUGAGAAUCAACUAUGCGAGAGGCUUAUGGAAUGUGGAGGAGGGCAGGAAGGAAGAAGAACUACUCAUUGAUAAUGGUGGAAAUCGGGAAAUUCUGCACAAGUUCCAUCAUAGGAUAGUUAUCUCAGGUUUUGUUAUGAGGAGUAGGUGGAGUGAUCUUACUGCGACGGAUUUGCUACUCUUAAACUCGGAAAUGCUCAGUGUUAUGUCGAACAGAAGAUUCCUUGCUUCAGAAUCCGCCAACGGUGAAUCCUCACGAUGGGAUUCAAACCUUUCAGGUACUUCCAACGAGGAACAACACUCGUACCAGCCACUGAAUUGGGGUCGUAAAAGAUCAUUGUCUGAGAUUACAAUUGUUCCGAGGUUGAAGGAAAUCAACAGGAUGAAAAAAUUAGCAGCAUCGGGCGACAACAAUGGGGGUGAAGAGAGAUCAUGGAGGAUAUGGUGGCCGAUCGCGAGGCGAACCGUGCUAGGGUUUGCCAGACGAGAAAGAAGUUCCACGGAGUUAGAAUCGAAACAAUUAGGUUCAAGUGUGUAAUCACGGCAGUUGACUAGAGCACUGUACAAUGUUAAUGCUUUUGCUGGUGAAAUUAAAUUACAAAUAAAAACAAUUUCUGAGAA